GCUCCCCGGCCUUGCACCCCAGUGCGGGGAGUGCGCGCUCCGGGCCUAAGACGCUGGGCGCUCCCGGAGGCCCGAGUGGGCGCGCCGGGGGGCGGGUUCCUCCGGCCCGAGCCCCGCCCCCGGGGACUGCGCUCGAGGAGUGGUGGAGGGAGCGCCGGGCGGGGGGCGUGGCUGCGGCGCCCCGAGGGGGCGUCCUCCGGGCGGGGCGGGCUGUGGCCGCCCCCGCGGGCUCCGGUGCGUCAGGGCGCGUCAGGCGGGGCGGGGCAGGCCGAGCGCGGGCGGCGGCGGCGGCGCGCGCCGGGCCUCCUCCUCCUCCUCCUCCUCCGCCUCCCGCACUCGAGCAGCCGCCGCCGGCCGGACGGGCGCCGCUCCCGCCGCCUUCGCUCCGCCCGCCGCGCCGCGCGCCCUUGCCCGGCAUGUCGGCGGCCGUGGCAUGCGUGGAUUACUUCGCCGCCGACGUGCUCAUGGCCAUCUCCUCGGGCGCCGUGGUGCACCGCGGGCGGCCCGGCCCCGAGGGCGCGGGCCCCGCCGCCGGCCUGGAUGUGCGCGCGGCGCGCCGCGAGGCCGCCUCGCCCGGGACCCCGGGGCCGCCCCCGCCGCCCCCCGCCGCCCCUGGCCCGGGCCCUGGCGCCGCCGCGGCGCCCCACCUGCUGGCCGCCAGCAUCCUGGCCGACCUGCGCGGCGGGCCCGGAGCCGCCCCGGGGGGCGCCUCGCCCGCUUCCUCCUCCUCAGCCGCCUCGUCCCCGUCCUCGGGCCGCGCCCCCGGCGCCGCGCCCUCCGCCGCCGCCAAGAGCCACCGCUGUCCCUUCCCGGACUGCGCCAAAGCCUACUACAAGUCCUCGCACCUAAAGUCGCACCUGCGGACGCACACAGGGGAACGCCCUUUUGCUUGUGACUGGCAGGGCUGUGACAAGAAGUUCGCCCGCUCCGACGAGCUGGCCCGCCACCACCGGACACACACGGGCGAGAAGCGCUUCUCCUGCCCUCUGUGUUCCAAGCGCUUCACCCGCAGCGACCACCUGGCCAAGCACGCCCGCCGCCACCCUGGCUUCCACCCGGACCUGCUCCGGCGCCCUGGUGCCCGCAGUACCUCCCCCAGCGACUCGCUGCCCUGCAGCCUGGCCGGGAGCCCUGCGCCCAGCCCCACGCCCAGCCCAGCCCCCGCAGGCCUGUAGGGCCCUCGUCCAGCCCACCCUGACCACCAGGAUGCUUCUGCCAUCCAGGGGUGUAGUGAGGACCCAUGGGGAGCCCGGUCCCCUUCCAGCUGUGGGCAAACCCUGAAGACGCCCCUGCCCCCCUCCAGAGAGCGAGGAGGGGGCCUGAGACUGGACCCGGGUCUGCCUGAUCUCAGAGGUGGCUCUCAGGAUGGGUGACGGGGGCUUGUGUCUGUAAAUAGCCAUGAUACUAACUUUUUUCCCAUCUGUGCAACGGGGUCCCCCCGGGGCAGCUAGGAGGUCCUCCCCUCUCCUCUCCACCACCCCCUGCUGCCCCCCUCCCGGGGUGGGGUUUGCGGGGGUGGAGUGGACUUCUGGGAGCCGGCCCAGGGAAGGCACCCCCUGCCCCAUCCCUGCAGGUUGGGAUGAAGCGUGCAGACAGCCAUAGAGAAGCUGGGGGUUGACACGGCCCCCUGCCUCGCCCCACCCUACCCCACCCCACCGAAAGCCAUGGGAGUAGUUCAGGGAAACGGGGGUGCAGCCCGGCCGCCCCCCACUCGGGUACUCAAUCUCAGGUGUCCACAGGUUCUGCCCACAUUAGGGGCUGCCCACCCCCCCAGACCUUGGGGGUAGAGCCAGGAGCCGGGAGUCCUUAGGAUGCCUGGAGGGGCUCCAGGUCUUGCUUCUGAGACCUGGGAUGGGGAGGGAGGGGACCUCUGGGUUCUUCCAAAGAACAUUUGACUCUGGAGGUCGGGAGGUGGGAGGCGGAUAUUGGGGUCAGGAGGGAAUGCCGGCUUAUUUAUUUUCCUCUCUUCUCGGGUGUGGGGCCCUAGCUCCCCCUCUCUGGGUGGGUGGGAGAGAGAGGCUGCAGGGGAGGCUGGCACCGGGCCUGGCCCUCCAGCCCCUGCCCUGCCGACUUUGGCCUUUGCGGUAUCAUGUGACAAUCAACUCUCUUAAGGACACCUGCAGCCACUGGGCCGCACUGCCCUCCCUGGCCUGCAGGUGGGGCCGUAGAGCCCAUGCCCGCCGGGGUUGCAGGCUCUUCCGGGCGUGGGCUGCAGCCUGGCCAGGCCCUGCUUCCCCGACCUCCCCUCCUUCUCCUGGGUGCCUGGAAGAGGUGGGCCCUGGCCCGUGGUCGAGGUCCUGCCUCGUGGACUGGAAACAGAGGGCUGGCUGUGCAGCCUCCUGGGGUAGUUCGUUUUUUUUUGCACCGGGUAGAAUAUUUUUUCAGGCACGGAUUCUUUUUUUCUGGGCCCCCGUGGGUGGUCCGGCAUCCUCAGGGGGUGUGAGUGUGUGUGUGGGGGGGUCUCUGAGCUGAACUUGGGUGGGUGGGGACUUUUCCCUCGGGGGCCACCUUCGUGUCCUUGCCAGGGGUCGUCCUGCUGUGGCCUGGGUUGCAUUUCCUCUGGGGGGUUAUUGAGGACCCCCAGCCUGGAAUGCGAAGGGUCCUAGGUUCCACGUCCAAGACCCAGAAAGGUGAAUCCCCUCACUGUUGGCUGCAGGAAGUUUUUGGUAUCCCCUUUUGUUCCAGAACCUUCCUGCAUCUCGCUUGGGGGCAGGGGGGCUUUGGAUGGCCACUGGUGUGCACCUGGACCCAGCCCCGGCCUGGCAGGAUCCAGGGAUGGGUGCCUGGGGUCCUGCGGGGAGGGAGGCAGGGGACGCCCUUCUGGAGCUGGGCUCGGAGGGUCUGCCCCAUCCAGCCCUCGGCCCUUUGUGUUCUCUGUCCCUAGCCUCAAACCCUCCUCUGGCAGCGCUAGUGAGAUGCCUUAGUCUGCGGGGGUGGGUGGGGGACUGGGGCCCCGUUUUCCUUUAGUGUCUUGUUGGCCCCAGCCCUGGCUGGGGCCUGUCUGGAGUAGGGGAGGGUAGGGCUGUGGGUUCCAGAACUCUCUAACCGGGUCCCUCUCCAGUGUCCAGGGGACUGGAGAGACCUGCGCCCACCCCUCCACUCCCUCAGGAGCUGCUGGUCACUGGGACCUGGUUCCAGCCAUUUGCAGGGGAGGUGGCUCCAAGGGGCGUGCGCUUUCCGUGGGUGGCGCUCCUCCCCCACCCUGCCUGGCCUCAUCCUUGUAUUUAAUUAAUUAAACAAGCCCCUUUUUAAACCCUA